CAUCAAGUCUGAAAGCAGACGCGCAACUUUCGCAGAAUCCACCUUAAAAUCUCUGCCUUAAACUGCACCAGCCCCCAAAAAAUCCAAGGGGGGAAAGAAGGGGGGGAGAGCAGAUUCCCCCCUCCCCCCUCUCCUCUCCCAUCCCUCCCCCUUCCUCCUCCCUUUGAGUUAACAAGGCCCUGCUCACUAUAUCUCUUUAUAUUAAAAAAUAUAUAUAUUAGAGAAGAGCGAGGGAGAGGGAGAACCACCUCCACCCCCUCUUUUUAAUUUUUUUUAUUUUUUUAUUUUUUUUGCAAGAAUCCCAAGAGCUAAGGUGGCUGCAGAGGGGAGAGCCGCGAGAGCCAAGUGGGGGGAGGGUGGAGGAAACCCGGGAGAAGGCUUUCUCCAGCCCCCAAAGUUUUGAUGAUGACCAUGACUACGAUGGCUGACGGCUUGGAAGGCCAGGACUCGUCCAAAUCCGCCUUCAUGGAGUUCGGGCAGCAACAGCAGCAGCAACAGCAGCAGCAGCAGCAGCAGCAGCAACAGCAGCCGCCGCCGCCGCCGCCGCCACAGCCGCACUCGCAGCAGAGCUCCCCGGCCAUGGCAGGCGCGCAUUACCCUCUGCACUGCCUGCACUCUGCGGCGGCGGCGGCGGCGGCGGCCGGCUCGCACCACCACCACCACCAGCACCACCACCACGGCUCGCCCUACGCGUCGGGCGGCGGCAACUCCUACAACCACCGCUCGCUCGCCGCCUACCCCUACAUGAGCCACUCGCAGCACAGCCCUUACCUCCAGUCCUACCACAACAGCAGCGCGGCCGCCCAGACGCGAGGGGACGACACAGAUCAACAAAAAACCACAGUGAUUGAAAACGGGGAAAUCCGGUUCAAUGGAAAAGGGAAAAAGAUUCGGAAGCCUCGGACCAUUUAUUCCAGCCUGCAGCUCCAGGCUUUAAACCAUCGCUUUCAGCAAACUCAGUACCUGGCCCUGCCCGAGAGAGCUGAACUGGCAGCUUCCUUAGGACUGACACAAACACAGGUGAAGAUAUGGUUUCAGAACAAACGUUCCAAGUUUAAGAAACUGCUGAAGCAGGGCAGUAACCCGCAUGAGAGUGACCCUCUCCCAGGCUCAGCGGCCCUGUCGCCGCGCUCGCCGGCGCUGCCUCCGGUGUGGGACGUUUCUGCCUCAGCCAAGGGCGUCAGUAUGCCCGCCAACAGCUACAUGCCCGGCUACUCGCACUGGUACUCCUCUCCACACCAGGACACGAUGCAGAGACCACAGAUGAUACAUUUCCCCCACCAGAAGAAUCUGCGCAAACAUGGCAGCGUUUUUACUUGUUUAAUGAGCUUAAGACAUUACAUGAUGAAAAAGAAGCAUUUCAGGCUCCUGCAUUUUUAUUUACCAAUCCCAGACUGACAAAAAAAAAAAAAAAAAAAAAAAAAAAGAAAGAAAGAAAAGAAGGAAGGAAGGAAGGAAGGAAGGAAAAGAAAAAAAAAAAACAAGAAAAAGAAAAGAGAAAGCAAGCAAAAGAAAAAACCCUCACAUAACAGCCCUUCUCUAAAGAAAAAGGAAAAAUCAGCUGUAAGAUUAGAACAUUGCCACAAAGGAAACGCUGCAUGUUUUAUCAAAAUGCAAUGAGCAAGAAUGAUGAUGUUGAAAAACAACAAGAGCAACAACAAAACAGAACCACUCUUUCCCCACCCCCCCAACCCUGAACUGGAAUCAGGAAAGACAGAAGAAACAACCAAAAUCACCAUUCUAUUGCUUUGAUACCUUUACUAGAUGAAUUGGUGGCAUUCACUAAGCUAAUAGGGACGUUUAUAUUGAGAAACAUUUCUGUAUAUAUUGUUGAAUUUUAGUUGUACAUAUACUUUGUAUGGUUUUGUCUUCUUUCAUAUAUGGAGUAAAAGCCACAAAACGCUGGGAGUGUCCUGUAUAUUUCUCUCUGUGUGUCUCUAUCUCACCACCCCCUCCUCCUACCCUCCCCGUAUAUUUUCUAUCACUCUUAAAAGAAUUCCUAUUUCCUAAUAUGGGAAGCCCUAUAU